AUGGUGAACCUGCCAAAUCCCACGGUCUUUCCGGACUCGACUGGACUCGCCGGCUUGUCGAGACAGGCAUCCUCGCGACCUGCUCUCGCUCCUGCUGCAGAGCGGUGCUUAUAUCAGUUUGGCCUCGCUGCCCUACCACCGCGUGGACCACAACACAAUAAAGAUGGAAUCGACAGCAUCACAGAUCAGCUUCUCAGAAUCUCUCGUCAGCUUUGCAUUCCAGCCGUCUUUGGACGUGGAGACGGUCAAGCGUGGACCCUGUCCGAAAGUGACUACCCGGCCCUGCUUCGAUGGAAGCAGCAGCAGGUUCCUACGUUGCUACAUCAACUAUCAAGACUCCUGGAACAGCUCGUCUCUGUAGAUCUUAAUUCAUCAUCAGGAGGAUCGAAAGGUAGCACGCAGCUUGAUCUUGUCCUUGGCCAUGUUGUCUGCACGCUGGCCCGCUUUCUCCCUCCGUCGCACAUCAGUCCGUUCCCGGACCCGGACACCACGAGCUUCAUUGAAGGAAUCCAGGAAAUUGACGACGGCUGGAUCGGACGAGAAAGCAAGAUCGAGGCACAUCGCAUCCUCGGUCGUCUGGGGAACGAGGUUCUUCCGGCCGCAUCGCUGACGACCUCGGCGGUGGCCACAUCGCUCCUGGCAGACUACAUCAAGCCGAUCGUCAAAGAGACUAGCAAGUCAUCGAGCGCUUCCCCCAGCUCUGUGGAUCCAAAAACAGGCAGGAAGAAGGCACCGGCUACGGGAGCGUCGCUCGUCUCGUAUCUCGAUCGCAACCUCGGGCAACAUCGCUUCUCGAGUGCGGCAGAUGACAACGAAGCCUCGAAUCUCGCACCGCACCAGUUCGCGCUCUCCCUUGACUCGGCUGACGUAGCAGCUGAUGAACAGCCUGCGUUGAGCGAGCGGAACGAGGCACUGGGAUGCGUCAAUGUGCUCGUAUGGUGUCUGGAUCAUCUCGAGCUCGAGACCGAGUCGGACUGGAACGGUGCAUGGCCGCUGCUGGUGCCGCCGCUGCUGACGCUGUUGGAGCAUGCGCAGCCCCGGUUCCGACUGCGUGGGAGCAUGCUCACACACCAGCUGCUUGCACGUCCGAGUGGUGUUGCAGAUGCAUCUGGUUCCGACACAGAUGCGGACGCGGUGCGAGACUCGUUGCGCACACGCAGACGCGAGGCGAUCCUGGGCGGCCUGUUAAUGCGGACAGGAAUUGGGAGCCUACUGGAGCGCGCUCUGCAGGUAAAUCUGACCUACGUGCACGACGCCACAUAUGCGCCAGCUCUGGUCCGCUUCUCCAUCGGUGCGCUCCGCAGACUCAUCCUGCUCACCACCCAUCCGAUCGUAUGGCGCGACCCGAUGCAGUCACCCUUUCACGCGCCGGGCGCGGAAAGUCCGGGGCCAGAUGCUGGGCCGGACGAGAAGAUGGGUGCGGUGGAUGACUGUGGUAAGCGCAGGAUGGAGGCGCUUUGCCGGCUUGUGUCGCAGGGAAUCUUGUCGACAUGGUCGUAUCUGCCGCUACCGCCUUCGGGCACGCGGCUUGGACGCGAACUCGUCGCAACCACAUGCAUAGCCUAUCUGACGCUGAUCGAGGAUUUGUCGCCGCCCCCGACCGCACAAAUAGCGAGCGUUGGUGCAGCCGCGAGGUUCGUCGACGUGAGCAUCGAUUGGAUCUUCCGCACUUGGUUGUCCACAGUUGCUUUUGACCAUACGGAGCACGUCAACACCACAGUCAAGGUCGUGCGUCUGGCCACGCGGUUGCUCCUCCCCGGAUCGGCCGGUGCGGGUGAAAGCAAAGACGAUGCAGACCGACAGCUGGCACUGCGCAAGACAGCAACGUCAAAUGUAGGCCGCAAUACGUCGCUGAUCCUGUCCGCUGUGGCCAAGUGCUGGAUCAGCGCACUCGAGUCGCCCCUGCGCUCCUCGUCGAACAGAGCCGACUGGCCCAGGCUAGAGGAGUGUCUGACCGAUCUGAUGCAGUGCGUCUCGCUCGCAGAUCCGACCAUCCAAACGCGCUGGGCCAGACUGGUAGCCCUCGAUGCGCGCCUUGCGGAUCUCUUACCUCUGCCACAUGCGGCCUCGAGAGGAGACUCUCCUUGA